AUGGGAUCUGUAAGUUAAUCUAAUAGAGUUAUAAUUACUCACUAAGAAGUUUAACGCCAAAUUUUUGGAAUACAUUAAUAAAAUUAUGGUAAUUAAAUUAUUCAGGAUAAUUUUGAUAAUUAAUAUAAUUAGAAUAAUUAGUCUGAUGAGGAUAUUUAGUUUUAUUAAGAUAAUUAGGAUAAUGAAGAUGAAGAUGAAGAAGAAUCUUAAGAAAAUGAUACAUCUUUUAAUAAUUUGAUAAUACAAUUCAAACUAAUAGAUGAGUUCAUAUAAUUACAUCAAUAAGAAGUAUAAAGAAGAAAGUAAGAAGAACUACUUUGGAAAUAAUUUAAAAUGAUAGAAUAGCUAGUUUAAGCUCAUUGUGAUUAUGUAAAAUUGAAUAACUUUUUGGAAGACCUUGAGAAGAGUUAAAAAUAAAAUAAUAAUAGUGAUCAAAUAGAAUUAAAUAUCUCAUUAUUUUAUUAAAAAAAGUAUUCACAAUCAAUAGAUUAUCCAUGCAAACAUGCUAAAUGUUAAACUGUAGCUACUAUGAAUUCUAAAGGAGAAGUUAAUUGUAAAAAGGGUUGUCCUUCAUUUACUAUAAAAGAUGCUCUAUUUGAUAUUACUUACAAUAAGGUAUUUAAUAAAAUCGAAAACAUUAAUAUUGUUAAUUGUGUAUCCAUUCAAACGAGCAUAGAAAUGGCUUAGAUAUUAAAAGAUUCUAUGGCUAGAUCCUAAAUGAAUGAGACUGAUAAAAAUGAAUUUUGCAAAAAUUUUUCUUCCGUUUUAUGUUUAUAAUUCAUAAAUCUCAAGAAAAAAUAAUGA